AUGCUUGACCUUGAUUUUGAGCUUGGGCCAUGCAUCUUUCCUAGCCUAUCCACUCAUUCCGUCUAUCAAUCAAACGCCAAGGCAGAUGCUUACCAGCAUGAGUUCGAAUGUGAGGUAACAAUCUCAGAGGACUCUUUUCUUCAAAAUAUUGUGCUGUCCUGGUCAAUUUUACUGGCCAAAUACACGGAUUCACCUGCUGUUGCCUUUGGCAUUAUAUCUGGCUCCGAAGACAACCAACACCACGAUGACAUGACCGUGGACGAGUAUCGUGCUUUCCUGGACCCAGAGAGCUGCUUGCCAACUGCAAUUCCUCUAGCCGGCAGGAGGCAAUAUCGGUUUCAUAAGUGGAAGUACGAUGCACGGAUUAAUACCUGCAUUGUAAAUACCUCGAAUACAACUUGGCUGGAUCACUGGGUCAAUUCACCCAACCAUGGAAUAAAACUGGCCCUGGUAGCAAAACAAGGGAGAUUGGGAUGCAUGUCCUUGUAUGGAAAAUCAUCAUACAUCGACGAUGGGUCUGUCCACUUCUUGUGUACAGCAUUCCAGCAUAUUCUACAUGGUGUAUUGGAGAACCCGAUGGGGUUUCUGAAGAACAUUGAGGUAACUCCUAAUCAUCACUAUCAACAAAUUCUUGAUUGGAACUCAAAUAUUCCCAAAAAGCCAUUGGCGGAAUGCAUCCAUGAUGUCAUUCAGAGAAGAUGCGUGGAAAACCCUAAUGCAGAAGCCAUCUGCGCCUGGGAUGGUACCAUGACCUAUGCCGCCUUGGACCAAGAGUCAACUAAAAUCAUGGAAUAUCUGCGUCAUCAUGGGGUUGAACCGGAGACAAUCGUCCCGUUAUUGUUCGAGAAGACCAAGUGGACUGCAGUGGCCAUGUUGGGAGUGCUCAAGGCUGGAGCUGCAUUUGUACUGCUCGACGCUUCGCAUCCCAUUGAACGUCUUAAAAGCAUUUGCCGUGAUAUUGGGACCUGUUUCAUGCUGACUUCCGACUUCUGCAAAGAACUCGGCUCGAAUCUGGUUGAUAUCACGAUGUCAGUCCCCAGCGAUGUCGAGCGAAAGCCACCAUACAGUGACGGAAAGAUGGGACCUUGUACUCUCGUUCAACCGAGAAACGCGGCGUAUGUGGCUUAUACGUCAGGGUCAACAGGGAAGCCGAAGGGGGUUAUCAUAGAACAUACCUCAUUUUGCACCAAUGCAAUGGUUAGUUCUGAUGCUCAAGAUCUGAACCGCUCCUCCAGAGUUCUACAAUUUGCAUCAUAUGCGUUUGACGUUAGUAUCCAUGAAACCCUGGUCCCUCUCAUGCUUGGAGGCUGUGUUUGCAUUCCCUCGGCGACACAAAGGGUAAAUAGUCUCCAAGAAGUCAUUAUCCAGCUGCGUGUCAAUUGGUUGGAGCUUACCCCAUCAGUGACUCGCCUUCUAAAUCCCCACAAAAUCCCUGAUGUCAAGACACUGGUCGUUGGGGGCGAGUCCAUCUCGCCGGCCGAGCUCGCCCGCUGGGCAGAUCACGUUCGGCUAAACGUGGCCUACGGUCCGGCUGAAUGCACAGUGGUAUCCACGGUGCAAUCAAAUGUCACGACACAUGCUGAUCCUUUGUCUAUCGGUCGGGGAUGCGGGGGUUCCGUGUGGGUUGUUGAACUGGAGAACCAUAAUAUACUGGUACCAAUCGGUGCAGCGGGUGAGCUUGUUAUUGGAGGUCCGAUUGUGGGCAGGGGAUAUUUAAAACGGCCCGACCAGACUGCCGCUGUCUUUAUCCAAAACCCACCGUGGCAAGCAGAAAAGAAUUCACGCUUUUACAGGACGGGCGAUGUGGUGCGUCAGAAAGCCGACGGAAGUAUCGUCUAUUUAGGCCGCAAGGAUACGCAGGUGAAAUUACGAGGCCAGCGUAUUGAGCUGGGUGAGAUCGAACAUCACGUCGCAAGUUUCUUUCCCGGUGCUGCGGUGGCUGUGGAGGUUGGCAAGCUUUAUCAUGGACAUUCGGCUCUAGUUUCAUUUGUGGAAUGGAAGCCAUCGAAGAAAAGCAAGACAUGCAGUGGAACAAAUUGCUGCUGGACCGUCCGAAAUGACAACAAUCAGUUUACGUCCAAUGUGCAGCGGGCCAAGGCAAGGCUCUCGCAGAUCCUGCCUUCCUAUAUGGUCCCCGAUUUCAUAGUCCCCUUGUGUGCCAUCCCUCUAUCACAUUCAGCCAAAGUGGACCGGAAGGCUUUGCAAGCCAUGAUACCUCGCUGGUCCAAGGAGGAGAUCAAAUUAUACCAGGUCACAAAGCACGCCCCCAGUAUUGGCCGAACCUCACACGGUGUUGGGCAGAACCAUGCUCAAAUGGUUCAAAUGGUUGCCCGUGUACUAUCGCUUGAUCCGAGCGAGAUUGGGGAGCAUGAUAACUUUUUCCAGUUGGGUGGUGAUUCGCUUUCAGCCAUCAUGCUUUCUAAGGAGACCGAUACCAUGCCACUGCUCUACUUAACAGUGACGGAUAUUUUUGAAAGCGCCUCGAUAGCUGAGAUGUCUCAUCGCUCGCAGAAGAAGCCUCUCCUGGAGUCUAUGCGGCCUGGAGUACCUGCAAACGUUUUGCCGUUCUCAAUGUUAGACCCAAGGAAGAUCGACAACUGUAGGGAACUCACAGCAGAGCAUUGUGAUGUAAAUCCCUCUCAAAUUGAGGAUAUAUACCCAUGCUCUCCGCUCCAGGCACGUCUAAUGGCCAGAACUGCCCGUCAGCCAGGCGCUUUUCAAGGAAGUUUCAAUUUCUGCUUGUCGCCGGGGAUCGACUGGGAGCGGCUACACUGGGCUUGGAACAAAGCCACCGAUGCCCUCCCUAUUUUGCGCACUAGAAUCAUAAAUCCAUGGCAACUGGCCGAUGGCAAUCCUCUUCAAGUUAUCGUUCGCGGCAAAGACAUUGAGUGGGUCGAGGUAGAGACAGUGAGCGAAAGCGAACCAAGUAGUUUGAUGACAUUUGGUUCUCCACUGUUAUUUUGUGUUGCAGUGCGUGAUAAAGUGAGUCCAAUCCUGAUUCUUAAUAUCCACCACGCGUUAUUCGACUUGGUGGUAUUUGAGCAGAUCCUCGAGGCAGUGGAAGCUGCAUAUCGGGGCAAUUCUCUUGUCUGGCGACCAUUCUCACCGUUCAUUAAAUACAUUCAAGACCUGGACGUAUCCCAGGCAAUGGAAUUCUGGAAACAGGAAUUCACUGGUCUCCGGGCAAAUCUAUUUCCCGCGAACAGUACCCAUGUGAGGUCAAAUCUCGACGCCAUCAGCUGGACCCGCAAAAGCUUUCAUCUCAGAUCUCAGAAUCAACCAGGAAUCACAAUAUCUUCCGUGAUCCGCCUGGUAUGGGCCAUGGUGCUCUCGCAGUAUACUGGCUCUCCUGACGUCGUAUUCGGUGCCACCGUUAUGGGCCGCAAUAUGCCUGGCACUUCUGAUGUAGGUGGGCCCACCAUCGCUACGUAUCCCCUCCGCAUCACACUCCGGGACGAAGAAAGUAUCAAAGAAGCACUACAGCGAGUUCAAAAUCAUGGAAUUGCCAUAGCACCUUUCGAGCAGCUCGGUAUCCAGCAUAUCCGACAGUCAAGCCCCGAGUCCGCCAUCGCCUGCAAUUUCCAAAACAUGCUAGUUAUUCAGCCAUCGUCGGAUAGCAGCUUCCUGGUCAAGCGUGACUCGUCACCAUUGCUGGUAUUAGAGAAAUGCGGCUCUUGGAAGGAGACGUCGUACGUGAAAUUCAGCACCCAGGCGUUGAAUGUUGUGUGCGAGCCGGGCACCGAUCAUUUGGAAGUAACAGCGUAUUUCGACCAAAAUAUCAUGUCCUCACAAGAUGUGGUAGAGAUUCUCAACUGCAUGGAUCGUCUACUCCAGCUCGUGUUGCAACACCCUCAUGCCUCAAUGGGGACAACUCUAAGUCAAAACCGACAGCUUGACGGAGUCUUGGAUCGUUAUGAGGAACGCACCUCAUUGGCAAGAUUGGAACAAGCGGCUUGCCAGUAUCUCGGGAACGAAAUUCCCGUUGCAGCAGAGUGGGUCGUUCCCAAGGCAUCCCGUGUUCCCAAACUAGCCCUUUUUGUUGGGGUCUUGAGUUUGAAUACCGUAUCAGACGAUGCAUGGGUACUGGCGGAGGUGAAUGAGCCUCUACGCGCUCGUAUGCUUCAGUUGAUGGAUGAUUUCCAAAACAACCUACUUGGAGGCACCGUUCCAUUCUGCUGUAUUCCCGUGCCAUUGCAGCAUAGACCAUCCAAGCCUGGUCUCCUCCUUGAUCGAGCUCGUGCACGAGAGGCUGUGUCAGAACUCACGUGGAAGAUGUUGACAUUAUGGCAAAAUCCACAAAAUUGUGUCUCUGAGGAGCCAUUGUUGCCUCUUGAGGCGACUUUGAGACAGGCCUUAGCUACAGUCCUAUGUUUGGAGUCCGAGACAAUCGGGAUCCACGACAAUCUGAUUUCCCUUGGAUGCGAUUCGCUUGUUGCCAUGCAGUUUACUGCACAGUGUAAUCGACAAAACUUGAGAGUAACUAUCUUAGACAUCUUCCAAGCAACCUCGCUGAGAUCACUUGCGUCGACACUCAAUAGUCGUCCGUCCGGGGACUCCACCCCAGCAUUGGAAGCUUUUUCGCUGUUAAGGCCAAUGUACGGGGACCGAGAGUCAUUUGAGCGAGAUAUCCAAGAGUCCAUCGAUGGGUGGGACAUCAAAAAUUCAAUUGAUGCAUUCCCCUGCACCGCCGCUCACCUAGGACUUCUUUCUGGACUUAGCACCUGUCUAUCCUAUACAAUCUGGGAGGUUGGGAGUCCUGACGAGCGCAUCGAUCCUGGACGUCUUAUCAAAGCUUGGCUCAAGCUCGUAAAUCGCCAUGCAGCACUUCGAACCGUUCUCCUUCCCAGUCGUUCAGAUGCGUCCCAGUGGUUCCACGUGGUGUUCAAGUCACCUCCCAUAUCUGUCAAAUUGAUGACUAACUUAGAGGAUGCUAGUGCUUUGAAGAUUGCUAGGAGACCUCUUCUAUCGAAAGAUGGUCUAGGGGGUGCUCCUUACAAGUUCGCAAUCUAUCAAAGUACCACGGGAAGGACUCUCUGCAAACUCGAGGGCAGGUAUGCCUUCCUCGAUGCGUCCUCAGUGCUAGUCCUCAUGAAGGAACUUCGACUUAUUCUUGAUUGUCUUCCUAUUUCCGAUCAAUUGCCACCCCCAUAUGCCUCAUGGGUUUCCUAUUUGCGUGGAUGGACGGAAAACCCGUUGCAUCUGCAAUUUUGGGACCGACAUCUCGCUGGCAUCAAGCCUUGCAUUCUACCCGGUUUUGAAAAUCACCGCAAUCAGAAGUGUCAAGACCACCAGUAUCAUGGAAUGGAUGAAAUCAGUGGAAAAAGCUCUCGAGUGAUGAAAUCACACCGCCAAACUAUAGUACAAGACGCCGUCGCCUUUCGCAACCAUUGUGAUCUACGGGAAACUACCAUAACCAACAUCCUCCAGGUAGCUUGGGCGCUUGUGCUGAGAGAGCAAACUGGGACAGACGACAUCUGCUUUGGGACGCUGGUUUCAGGCCGCGAUGUGCCAGUGCAUAACGUUGGCAAUAUCGUUGGGUCGUUCUUCAAUGUUGUCGCGUGUCGUAUUGAGAUGCGGGCCACCGAGAGUAUCGGACCCGUUGUUCUGGAAAACGAUCGUAUGAUGCGCGAACGAGCUUCACACCAGUUUUGCUCCUUGCAGGAAGUGACACGUCUAGUUCUCAAGCCAGGGCCCGAUGUCUCGUCAUUAUUCAACACCUGUCUAUCGGUUGAGCAGCCGCUGUCGGAUGAGACCGAAACAGGAAACCGCUUCAAUGCGCUCGAAACUGUGGAAGAAACCGAGUACGACUUGAUUGUCACCGCCACUGUAUUCCCGGACAGGAUCGAGGCCAACGUCAUGUAUUGGUCUUACUCUUCUAAUCCAGCUCGUGCUGCUACGAUUGCAGAGAAAUUCUCCCAGUCGAUUGAACACAUAAUCUUAUGUACUUAG